CCGCCCCCCCUUCGAUAUCGAACUAUACGUGAUAGUGAUAGCCCUUUGAACAGUUUCUCGAGCACGACCAUAUCCAGUUACUGAACGAGAAUGCUGGUUUUCAGCUCCCGCCCGACUUAGCACCAGUUUCAAGACCAGCAAUCUGGAACCCAUCCUACCGCUCACCUUUCUCCCGCCCUCCUUUCUAACGAAGACUAGAGCCAAGAAUUCGAGCUUGAUUUGAUUUCCAUUCUAUCCCUUCUUCCCUGCGGGACCUGUUAUUUGGUAUGAACGGGCGCAGUGGCUAUUCCAAUGGAUAUUCCGACGCCGGCCGAUACGACCGCAAUGACGGCGGACACGAUAAUAACAGCGGUUUAGGGGCAGAUACAUACGGUGGAAGCAGAGGAAGAGAACAUCGUCCAGGAGGUUACGGAGGCUUUCAGUUUGAGGACACACAGCUGCUACCCUCGGCGACGUCUCGGUCGCCUGCGCGAGGCCAUGACCAAGGAUAUCGAGACCGCCAACCAUCCAAGUCGCGAUCGCGCACAAGAGAUGCUGGAUCACGGACGAGAGAUGUAGAAUCCGCGACAAGACGGCAAAAGCUACGGGAUGUUUCACCUAGGGAGGAAUACACGUCCAGUAGGGCCCGGGAGGUGAAUCGUUUGGAUACAACGAUCGGUGAUGGCAGCAAUGGCAAUGCCGGAGGAACACAGGCAAUUGAAGAUUUAUUGCAAUCGAUUCAACGGGAUUGGGACUUCAUGGCAUCCGACGACUGUGUACCAGUUCAAGUGGCUUUACAGUUGAUGGAUACAAGCACCCUAGGCAAAGCCGAUCGUGAAUCAGAUUUCCUGCGUAUGCGUGAGCAGAUUCAGAAGACUCUGAAGUCUAUCGUCAAUGAGCACCACCAGGGGUUUAAUAGUUCCAUUGGUACAUACCACAAAAUUCAGUCCAGCAUACAGAGUUCUCAGGCCAGGGUGCGCAACUUGAGGAAUUCGCUCGACCAAGCGAAAGCAGGACUACUUUUGACUAAGCCGGAAUUGAAUGGCCUCGCUACUUCGUCUCGGAAAUACGAUGAGGUCCUACAGCUAUUCAGUCAGAUUGAGGAACUUCAAUCACUGCCUGAGAAGCUGGAAUCCCAAAUAUCCGACAAACGAUUCCUCUCUGCGAUCGAUGUUCUUCAUGAUGCGUUUCGGCUACUACGGCGUUCAGAGCUCGAAAAUAUCGGCUCCCUUGCUGAUCUUCGUGCUUAUUUCAAUAACCAAGAAACGUCACUUACUGAUAUCCUAGUUGAAGAGUUACACGAUCAUCUAUAUCUCAAGUCUCCCUACUGCUCUGAUAGAUGGAAGCCCCCAGUCCCAGAGGGGGAGAACGACAGCGAUCCCGCGCCUGGAUGGAUGGGCACGGUGUCUUGGGAAAGACCUGUUUACAGCUUUCUAGCGAAGUUGGAUGCAUCUACACCAAUGAUGGACGAUGCCUCUCGAAACCCUGAAGCCGAUACCUUUUACUAUAUCCAACUGCUUAUUGAAGCACUGAACAAGAUGGGUCACCUUGAUGUUGCAGUUGAUCGUAUAGAACAACGGCUUCCAGUUGAACUGUUUGCCGUGGUUGAUAAGACCAAUACGGAGGUUGAUUCCCGUUAUCCUACGUUAACACGCAGCCUUGGCUCUCAAGACAGCAAAGCAAACUUGCCUACGGAAAUCAUUAAAAGUAGAGGUCAUGUUUUAACUGAAUAUCUAUGGGCUCUAUAUUCAAAGUUUGAAGCUAUUGCAGAGGGUCACCGUGUGGUGCACGAUGUGAUUACCGCAAUUGUGGAUCGCGAGGGACUUGCCAAAGGCAGUACACUUACUGGAGGCUUUAAAGAGCUGUGGAAGCUCUACCAGAGCGAGAUUCGGUCCCUGCUACAUGACUAUCUAGCAACAGACGGUGACUACUCUUUCCGACUGGGAGGCGAAGAGACCAAUCCAAGGAACGGUCUCAUCAUGGGCCAAAGGGACAAGAACAAGAAAAUGUUCAAACUCUCUGAGAUGGAACAAAACACCGAAAUGAAAACCGAGAGAGACGAACUGGAUGAACUGCUGAGGACUUCUGUUCCUGGGCUGGUUUCUAAAUCACGACAGAAAGCCACUACAACAGAGACCUCACGAACAAGACAGGGAAACUCAGGUACUGGCCACAAAAUCUUAAUCGAACCGAGUGUAUUCAACAUCAGUCUUUUGCUUCCACCCUCACUCUCCUUCAUCCAGCGGUUAAAGGAUAUAGUCCCUGUCGAUACGGACAUUGCUACGAGCACCUUAACCUCCUUCCUGGACGACUUUUUGGUGAAUGUCUUCCUCCCUCAGUUGGAUGAUACCGUCACAGAUCUUUGCACCUUCAAUCUUAUAGCAGCGGAUGCAUUUAUAGAAGACCCUCAGUGGGCUAAAGUUUCUCCCCGGCCAGUUUUCAAGGGCACCGUCAAGUUCAUGUCGAUUAUUAGCGAAUUCAGUAGAAUGCUGGACAGCAUUCCGCCCGAUCCGUCUUUUACGCAGCUCCUCAUAAGCCAAGUUGUGGCAUAUUAUGACAAAUGCUGUGGAUGGUACAAAGCAAUCGUAACCAAAGUUUCCCCCCGAGGAGCUGGGCAACGGCUCAAAGCCGCCGCUGCGUUUGCUGAAUCAGGAGAAGUCUACGAUGUAGUUGCAGAGCUGCGAGGAGCAACUGGAGAGAGGAAGCGAGAGCUUAUAGACAAGGGAAUUGAUCUUCUCCUUAAGAGCACAGACGAAACACCCCUCGAGCCAUACGAUAUCGUAUCUGACCCAAAGACGGUCGUUGCACUGUCAUUGUUGCAUAAUAGCAUGCAAUGGCUCGCAAGCCACCUUGCAAAGUUACGUCAGAAUCCAUCGACUUCCGAGUCAUCGCGUCCUCCAUCGCAGUCUGAAAGCAUGCAUCAUGGGCCUCGGUCCCGGCGUUGGACAUUAAUCACCGCGAUGAGACCUCAACGCGAUAGUUUCAGCCAACCAGUGUACCUCCCUCUAAACAAUGUCACAGCCAAUGCUCUCGAUACGACUCUCCAAUCGCUACGCAAACUUGCCACCACUGCGCUCUUCGCCUUACAUAUUGAUAUCCGCUGCGGAAUUAUUCAUAUGCUGACAAAAACGAUGGCUGGUCCCGAACCCCAGGCCAUUCGUACAUCCGUGCCCGCUACACCUUCCCCCAAUCUUAACGUAAACUGGUGGCAUAUCCUCCUAAACCAACCGACAGCUGCCUCGUCCACUGUGCUUCAGCUAAACAGCGACCUGAUCGCCUUUGAUACCAGCAUCUCGUCAUACCUGGGCCCCGAAGACCGCUGGUUUAUGACCUCCGGUCUUGCUCGAUUUGUCGACCGAGUGUUUGUCGCGUGUUCCCGGUACAUCGGCGCAAUGAAUGACAAUGGAGCUUUACGACUUCAGCUGGACGUUCUUGUUCUACAACAGAAUCUUAAAAACAUCAUUAUCGACCCAACAGCUGAGGAGCCCGAAGUCGUCGCCCUUCCCCGCAGCGCCAAGUUCCUCGAGUGGUUCCUCGAAGGCGCCGACAAGGCCCUGGAUUAUGCCAAGGAAGAGAAAGAAAUAUAUACAAAGAACAGCCAAGAGGCAUUGGCCCUUGGAAUCGACGAGCCUUUCACAUAUGAUGAGCUGAAGGAGCUCGUGGAACUUUGUUUCUCGGAAAUCCUGAGAGGGCCUCGCGGCGCGGAGAACAGAGAGGACUUUAUGGCUGCGAAGAAAGCUAGCGCUGAUGCGAUGUUGAGGUUGAACGAGAUUAUGUGGGAUUCGAAGAUAAACCAGUGA